CUUGAUGUUGUGGACCCCACUAGCAUAGCUGCGGUUGUUGAGUUCGUACGGAUAAAUUUUGGAAGGCUCGAUAUUUUGGUGAACAAUGCAGGUGUUUCUGGAAUAGAGUUGGAGGGGGAUCUUUCGAUUCUCCAAGAGGUUAUUGAGGGAGAGAUCGCUUCGAUAUUUGCUUGUGGAACGCCACAAGAAGUGGAGCUAAAAGCAAGCGGAACCAUUAUCGAGACUUUCGAGAAUGGCGAAGUAUGCGUCCGAGCAAAUUACUACGGUGCAAAAAGAAUAACCGAAGCACUUAUUCCUCUCUUGCAAUUAUCCGAUUCACCCCGAAUUGUGAAUGUCUCCUCCACGUUGGGAAAUUUAAAGCUUUUGUCGAAUGAACGGGCGAAAAGAGUGCUUAGCGACGAAGGAAAUUUGACGGAAGACAAAGUGGAUGAGGUAGUGCAAGAAUAUCUUAAAGAUUUCAAAGAGGGUACACUCGAAUACAAUCGAUGGCCAACUCAACUUUCGUCGUACAAAGUUUCGAAGGCGGCUUUGAAUGCAUACACGAGGUGUAUAGCUAAAAAAUACCCGAGUUUCCGUAUCAACUCUGUUUGUCCUGGCUUAACUAGAACUGAUAUUACGUGCAAUCUUGGUCCGUUAAGCGCCGAAGAAGCUGCUGAGAGUGCGGUCGAGCUGGCACUUGUGCCGGAUGGGGGGCCUUCCGGAAUCUUCUUUUAUCGGAAAGAGGUUUCGAGUUUCUAAUGGAUAUGAAUCCAUUGUUGUACUGUUAUUCAUUAUGAUCCCAGAACAAUGUGUGAUGUAGUUUGAAGUGUGUUUUAGUUUAUAGUUUAAAUUAUUAUUUAAUAUAUUUUUAUAUAUAAAAGAAAGGUGUUUUUUAA